AUGGGACGUAAAAAGAUUCAAAUAAAACCAAUUAAAGAUGAAAGGAAUCGUCAAGUGACUUUUUUGAAAAGAAAAUAUGGCUUAAUGAAGAAAGCCUAUGAAUUAAGUGUAUUAUGUGAUUGUGAGAUAGCUUUAAUCAUUUUCAAUUGUAAUAAUAAACUUGUUCAAUACGCAAGUACAGAUAUUGAUAAAAUUCUAUUAAAAUAUACAGAGUAUAGCGAACCUCAUGAGAGUAAAGGAAAUCAUGAUUUUGCUAACACAAUUGAUAAUGACGAUGAUGAACCUCCACCAGGAUUUGAUACGACAGGGAUUGAUCAUAAGCGAUAUGGAAUGCCUUCACCACAAUCCAACUAUCAACAAACACCCCCACCUCCUCAAUCUUAUCAAAUAAGCAAUUAUCCAAUGUAUGCACCAUCUCCACCUGCUUACUUAGUUCAACAAUCACAAUCACCUGUACAAAUUGAAACUUCUAUAAUUGCUGACUUGGUUCCAUCUCCUUUAGUGUCUUCACCUCCUAAAAAACCAAAACUCCGUUUGCAAUCAUCUCGUCCAACACCUGCAACUGCAGAUGCUCCAACCUCAGCAUUAACAUCAUUUGCACAAAAUCUACCAUCACCUUCCACAUUCUUCUCUGAAUUUUAUAAAACAACAGAACUUCCUAGUCCACUUACAUUUGGUAACACUCCGACUAGUGCUCAACCUGGCCCAUUCCAUUGGCCAAACCCUAAUAGAAACUCUUAUCAACCUUCUCCAUUAUCAAAACAAGAAAAUAAUACAAACAUUGCUAAUAAUGGUAUAAAUGUCAUCAAUAAUAAUAUUGGCAAUGUUAAUGCUUCAUCGUCAUCCUCGUCAUCAUCUUUAACUAAACUACGUCCUCCACCAAUUGAUGGUAAUGAAAAUGAACCUGAUAAAAAAAAACUAAAACAAUAG